AUAUAAUGUGCCGGCGGCUACAUGAGAAUGCAUGGCUGAGUGACAGCUGAUCCAUAAACCUGUGCACUUUUGACAUUAGUAAGAAAAGUGAUACUGCUACGUCGAUCGGAGCACGAUAAGUUUGCAUGCCAGAUUACUUUGUAUAAUUCGUAUGAAUGUGUGCCCUGAAAAGUGACAGUUAUCGCAACACAAGUAUAUUUUAAUCCCAAUAUCUGGUAAUCUAUUUAUCAUGCCCGGAGAGCCACCCGCAACGUCUGCAAGCAAGUCUAGUGGAAAAGCAAAGAGGAUCUCUAUACCACGAGUACAAAGCAGUACGGAUACGGAAUUGCAGUCUCAACAAAGUCAAAGUGGAUCUACACCCCUGCAACCAAACGCUCUUUACUAUGUAAGCUUUCGCUCGGAUAUGGACGACAGUUCUGUUCCACCGGUAUUACGCUCCAGGCUACACGAUCUUUUCCAACAGAUCGAGAAGGAAUUUGCAAUGCUCUGUGCAGAAAAUAUGGGAUUACAGGAAAAGAUUGAUAUGCUCAAUGAAAGACUCGAGAGGGAAUGUUAUGGUUCUGGGGAACGUGGUUUGCCUCCUGGAGAAUUUACAGAUUAUCCAGACACAAAGAAUCUUUCUAAGCAGAAGUCAAUGGGAGAAAGUUCCGCACAAAAAAUUAAAACUUCUCAUAAACUGAAAGCACAAACUAGUAAAAUAGUGUCUAGUUUCAAAAAUCCCACAAUGUCGUGUAGUAUGCAAAGGGAAUAUGCUGGUCAUAGGGAUGGAGUAUGGGAGGUGUCUGUGGGUAGAUCAGGUCAACCGAUAAUAGCAACAGCAUCUGCAGAUCAUACAGCACGAGUUUGGGGAAUGGAUAGUGGCCGAUGUUUAUUACAAUACAUAGGGCACAAUGGUUCAGUCAAUUCUGUACGAUUUCAUCCUACUAGAGAUUUAGCUCUUACAGCCAGCGGAGACUGUUCUGCUCAUGUAUGGCAAGCAGCAGUAAAUUGGGAUGUGCCAAAGAGACAAUCUUCUGCCGAAGAUAUCUCCACAGUCAAUCCAGACAGAACAACAAAUAGUUUGAUCGGCAUUAAUGAGGAACAGGAGGAACCACCGACUCUAAGAACUCCAGUACGAGAACUCCUAGGGCAUACAGGUGUUGUCAUGGCAGCAGAUUGGCUUCCAGGAGCUGAACAGAUAGUUACAGUAUCUUGGGAUAGAACCGCAAACUUAUAUGAUGCUGAAACUGGGGAGAUUAUCCAUACGUUAUGUGGUCACGAUCAGGAAUUGACGCAUGUAUCAACUCACCAUACUCAACGUCUCUGCGUUACAUCUAGUAGAGACAGUACUUUCCGCCUGUGGGACUUUAGGGAACCAAUUCACUCUGUAUCCGUAUUCCAGGGGCAUACCGAGAUAGUAACUUCAGCCGUUUUUACAAGAGAGGAUAAAAUAGUAUCAGGCUCUGAUGACCGAAGUGUAAAGGUAUGGGAAUUACGCAAUAUUCGCAGCCCUUUGGCAACAAUUCGCGGAGAUAGUGGAGCAAACAGAUUGUCUGUAUCGAGUAGCGGCAUAGUAGCUAUUCCACACGACAAUAGACAAAUACGACUCUUUGAUUUGAGUGGUCAAAGGUUGGCAAGGCUUCCUAGAACAAGUAGACAGGGACAUCGUAGAAUGGUAUGCUCGGUAGCCUGGGCAGAAGAUGGUGGAGUUUGCAAUCUAUUUUCUUGCGGAUUUGAUAGACUCGUAUUGGGUUGGAGUAUCCUUCCGGUUAAGGAUGCCUAGUAAAUUGAAUCCUGUGCAGUUAUGCACUUUGCGCUUGCAUAAACGUGACAUUGGAAAUCGUUGGCGGAAACUGCAUGAUGUUAUUAGAGAUAUAAUUAUGAGCCAAGAGUCCACCAGCCAAUCCUAGCAACGAUCCGCCUCUUCCACUCUCACAGACAACUGGAAAUAUAUAGUUCAAGUGAAUGGUUCUAUUUUCAAAGAAUAUCUAGCAACAAUUAGCGAGGAAUUCAGAAUCAAUGAAAAUGGUAAGAUUGAUAGGAUAUACCUCAAGUGUCUCACGAAUUGUCGAUGUAUGUGCAUAUUCAUAAACGCAUUAUAAGAUGGAUAUAAAACAAAACUGUGUAUUGAAUAUUCAAUGAAUAUAUAUGUUACGAGGAGAAGUUUCUAGUGAGAGUAAACCAAAUAUAAAUGAUAUACAAAA